AUGUGUGAAGUAGCAGCUUUAGUGGCUGCCAGGGGAUAUUUGAAGGCUUCACUGACUAGGCUGCACAAGUAUAUCGCCAAAGAAGAAUAUUCAACAGCGUCAUGUUCUGAGCUUAUGGCCAAAAGGGAUCGCCUGAUCUCGGCGUUCAAGGAAUACGAGCGAUAUAACAUUGAUAUUUUGAGUAAAAACCCAGAUGAUUCUGAAAAUGUCGGCGACCAAGAAGAUAAGUACAUUUCAACAUUGGCCAGAUUGAACGAUGAAAUAUCUUCUAGGAAGAGCAGCACUGGUGACGAAGAAGAUAUGCCCAGAAAUCACACCCCCUUGGCACACACUAAGCUUCCAAGCGUGGAAAUUGUAACAUUUACCGGAAAGUAUUAUGGACCGGGACAUUCAGAAGUCCCCAACAUUGGUAGAAUUUAUAGAUUUUCUGCAAAAGAGAGCUUUGGCACUGGAAACCGUGGACGCCAAUGGAAACCAACGGCAUCCCUCUUCGAGCAACUCUGUCAGGGCAGUCGGUGUAAGGGCCUCGGUAAAUGUGUCUACCUCUGCAGCACAUUCUCAUCCAUGUCCAUACUAUCCUCCUGCCUGAAAAAAAGCUGCAUACAGUGGAUGCUGCUAGCUCCAACUCAGCUCCGUGUAUUAUCAACACGCAAUUUGAACAUCCUGUGGAGAGAGAAUCCCAACACCGAGAUCAGAUGCAUCCAGCUGACGACGGUCACCUAUGGUCUAAAAAGCUCCAGUUUCCUCGCUACACGGUGUCUGGAUGAGUUGGCAACUGUGACGCAGCUGAAUGCUUAUGUAGCUAACAGAAUCCAAGUUGUGGCGCAGUUAACUGCCGGUUGGACUUGGCACUACGUCAGUACGAGCGACAACCCUGCGGAUCUCAUCACGCGCGGCGUGAGUCCCCAGGAGCUUGCAGACAACAUGCUCUGGUGGACAGGGCCCUUAUUCCUGCAAAACGAUAAGUUAAAGGCUGAAUCAUCGAAGCAGUUAAUGGGUUCCUUGCCGACACAAAGAGUUACACAAGCACAUCCAUUUGAUAAAGUCGUCAAGACC